UUUUACUACCAGAAAUCCCUCUCUCUCUUUUCUCUGUGCGCGUUUCUUCUUUCUCUCUGUGUGGAAUGAGAAUAACACAGACGAAACUGUGAGAGGCUCUCCUUUAUCGUACGAUUCCUUUUCCACUAUGUCUCGCUCUUGCUCGCAGUGUGGCAACAACGGCCAUAACUCGCGAACAUGCAUCCACGGCGGCAGCGGCGGCGGCGAUUCGUCGAAGGAGAACGGGAUUAUGCUGUUUGGCGUGCGACUUACUCAAGGGAACUCGUUCAGGAAGAGCGCUAGUAUGACGAAUCUGUCGCAGUUUGAGGCUCAGCCUCAGGAUUCCAACGCCGUCGAUGCUGGUUACGCUUCCGAUGACGUCGUUCACGCCUCUGGACGGACUCGUGAGCGUAAGAGAGGUGUUCCCUGGACGGAGGAAGAGCAUAGGUUAUUCCUAUUGGGAUUACAGAAAGUCGGAAAAGGAGAUUGGAGAGGGAUUUCUAAGAACUUCGUCAAAACUCGGACGCCGACUCAGGUGGCUAGUCAUGCUCAGAAGUACUUCCUUCGUCGCCACAACCAGAAUCGGAGACGCCGCAGAUCUAGUCUCUUUGACAUCACCACCGAUACGGUGAUGGAAUCCUCUUUAAUGGAAGAAGAACAAGUUCACCAAGAAGCGGCGAUCCCGCCCACACAUCCACAGUUAUAUUACGGAGGCUUUCCCAGUUCAACUUUUCCGACGAAGGUGAUGGCGGGAGAGAGACCAGCAAAACCUAUUAGGCCGAUACCAGUCCCUCCAUCAUCGAAAAUGGCCACUCUAAAUUUGAAAGAGAAAGCUCCAAUAGACCCCCUACCAUUAUCUCUGAAGCUGCCAACGUCGCCGUCAACAUCAAAUGAGCAGUCACCGGCAAGCAGCCAAUCGUCGCCGUCAACAGAUUUUCAGGCUAUGUCUGGCAACUUCAGCGGCGGUGGAGAUAGCAUAAUCAGCGUGGCUUGAAAGAAGGGGAAUAUAAUACUGACGAAUGAAGCAGUAGACAUGGGUAAUUAAGGGAAUUUGCACAAGGGUAAAGAUGGGAAUGCAAGGAAAAAAGAAGGAGAAGGAUUAGAUAUAUUAGUUGGAAAAGUGUUAGGUGUUUAGGUUAAUUUAGGUGAUUAGGCAAUUAAUAUUUGCGAUUUGUACAGGUUAGAGAGAGAGAGAGAUGAUGAUGAUGAAGAAGAAGAUGGUUUGUCAUAUUCAGUAUUGGGUACUGGGGGGAAUUUUUUGAUGCCUUAGGUUUGUCCAUUUUGCUUUUAAAGCUGGGAGAUGAAGAUGGACGGGACGCAAGGUACUCUAUUUCUAUGGCUAUUGCAUAUUUGGUCGGUGUAUUUAUUCCUCUUAUGGAGGAUUUGAGUAAUAUUUAUGUAAUGACCUAAUCUAUUCUUAGUGUCUUACCUAUGUAGUAUUAUUUGUUA